ACUCAGCUUCAAAUUUCCCCCAGAGUCAAAAAUGCGUAUAAGAGGUCUUUAAAAAUCUACAAUAUACACACGACAACAUUGUAUAAUCCGAAUGGCGUUUAUUCAUUUGUUUUCAAAAACACACGCAUUUACAAACAUUUUAAAAUAUAAUCAAAGAACAAAACAAUAAUUUCGUUUCAAAAUUCUGAUUAGGCUAUAAAUGUAGCCUAAAGCGCGCACCAUACAAUUUUAUUUUAUUUUGGCCACAUGUAGUGCUGGACAAUGAUAUGAAAUUUCAGAAUUCUGUCUGAGGGCAAAAAAAAGCUUGACCAUGACGCAUGCAUAUCAUAAAGACGCAAUAUUUACUAAACAAGAGGUGGACUACAAUAGCAUGGUAAUCAGAUGGGGUGGGUGGGGGUGGUCAGGGGGUGGAAUAUCCAUUUUUAUUGCAUCACCUGUCAGUGGCGUCCAAUCAGGGCCGACUUUCGGAGCAUUAAUUGAUGAAGGUGUCUCCGGGCUAGCACACUUCCCUCUGUCAUUUUAUUUGUGGCCAAACCAGCAGUGGGAAUAGCAGCUGCAAUUGGGCUCUCAUACUCCCUCUCUCCAGCUCACUCUCCCUGUCCUUCUCUCCCUCUCCCCUCACGCACUCUUUCUCUCCCUUCCCCUCUCUCUCUCUCUCUUUCUCUCUCCUUAUCCCACUCCUCACUCUGGCAGUGCUGUUCACCUUCCUCUUCUCCUCUUGAGCAAAUGAGAAAAGAAUUGAGAGGACCGCAGGUACAGCGGCUCAGACAGGCUACAGCCAGUCUGUCGGCAACAUCACACACAUUCCAUCAAUCAUGCUGGGCCCGAGUCAACGGACUGACUGUGUGACUUCUUUAAAAAGCAUUCGCUUUAAUUUUCAUCUCCUCAAGUUUGAUCCAUGAUGCCGUUGCGGAGAUCUGAGCUGAAUUGUGGGUUCGUCAGCAGAAUGCCUUGAGAUCAAAACCAGGAAAAACGCAGGACUUUGCUGUGGACGUUCAUCGCGUUAAAUGUUGGGAUUUACUUGCUGAGCAACAUGGGGGACUUGGAGUCUGGAUUUGAGGAGAUGCAGGGUGUGAAACUGGGCUACCUGGUGAUUAAAGGCAAGCAAAUGUUUGCCCUCUCGCAGGUCUUCACUGACCUCUUGAAAAACAUCCCGAGGACUACCGUGCACAAGCGAAUGGAUCACCUAAACGUGAAGAAGCAUCACUGUGAUUUAGAGGAACUGCGAAAGCUCAAAGCAAUAAAUUCAAUAGCUUUCCAUGCGGCUAAAUGUACCUUGAUCUCACGAGAGGAUGUGGAGGCACUGUAUUUUUCUUGCAAAACCGAGCGCGUGCUGAAAUCUAACAAAAGGAAGGUGAAAGGCAAGCCACCGGAGGACGUGUGUGUCGGUCAGGCUGACGGGGACUCGCAGGAUGGAUUUUGGAAAGAGAAAGUUUGGUUAAGUUUGCACAGCGUUCCACAGACUUUUCCAGUUAAAAACAAAGCUGGCCGACAGGACACCGCCUGCCGACCCGACUCCAAUCUACCUCAAAUUUACAGCAAAACGCUCCGUCAUAACUUCCAAUCGGUCACCAAGUCGGCAUCGAAAACGUUCAAAAACUAUGAAACAACGCAAAUACCCAGCAACUAUGUAGCCUACAAUCAGAGACACUCGUUUUUUCGGAACGCUGCGAGCCGACAGCCAGCCCUCUACCAGUCCGCCAUUGCACCUCACUCUAAACUCGCAGGCACUGCCGACCUACUUUACAGGAGGAAAAGGAAGCGAGAGAGCACCGGGAGGCAGUUUUGGAACAGGAGCAGACCCAAUCACCAGCUUUUGUUUGUUCCGAAGUGCUGUAAGACAAAAAUACCUAACGGCUCUUAUCAUCUUGAUCACGAUUUAUACCUCGACCACCAGCACAGUGGGAAUUAUCAGGAGAGUUGCAGCAGCGACACGGAAUCUAGUUCCUAUUCGGAGCGCGUAAAUAAUGACUCGGAUUUUGGGUCAAGUUUGUCCACGAGCAGCAACUCCGGGACCUCAGAUGAGGAGGACGAAUCCUUCUCGGAGUCUUCGGAUAUCAGUUCGGACGAGGAAUCGUCGUCCCAGUCUGAUUCGAGUUCUGUGUCCAGCCAAGUGUCCAUGCAGAGCAUUCGUUUCAGGCGUGCGAGAUUUACGAGUCUCAACACUAAAACCCCCCUGCUGCUGCAACCGACUUUCCACUACAAUCUCCAGCAAAGACCGAGCACCCAUAGUGGAGCAGCGGUAUCUGCUGAUGACAAAUGCAAAAAACAGCAAAAAUAUGGGUUCAGGCCUACCAAAUGCAGGGAUAACCACCAAGAGGACAGUGCAAUGCAUGUGUCCAAAUUCAGCAUGUCUGCUGCUGAGAGGUACUUGGUAACCCCUAAAGGAGAAGGAGUUCCCUACACACCACUACAGUUUGAAUUCCCCAAUGAUCCAAAGACUGAGGACCAUGCAACCAGCGGAGUUAAAGACACAGGCCCAUUUUGCAUAAAUGGAAACAAAGCAUUUAUACAACAAAGGACAUCAGGACAUACAAACAAAUGCCCCCAAGCCUUGAUUUCACACUGUGCCCAAGACAAUGAAACAAUAGUUUCGACGUCCUCUGAAAACAAUCUUUCAUUAUCCACCCAUUUCAAAAGAGAAGUGAAAAGUAGCCACUGUUCCAAGCAACCCUCACCUCUGAAAGCCAUCAAAACAGAGGCAGACGAAACCAUCCCUGCCUCAAGCUUCGCCACCGAUAGCAAACCGGUGCAAUCGCCAACUACUUUAUUAAACAAUGUGAAAAUCAAAGUAGAAAAUCCAUAUGACGAGUACGAAUAUGGGGUUCAGGGUCAUGCGUACUCAGCCAACGUGAAUGAGUCCGAAAUAACUGACAGUCAAGACCUCGAGGAGUUGAAACACAGCGACCGGUCAAGUAGCUUCUCUUCAGCGAGCGAAAGCACCGCCAGUGUUCCCAAGAAAGCCCGCAGCAGCCCGGAGACAGACGGCCCUUUAAAGAAUACCUGUCCCGUCACGGACGCCGAGUACAAAAAUGGCGCUCGAAUUCGGAAAAAUUACAGGAGCUUGGCGCUGGGAAGCAAAGCUGGACCUGCGAAGAUUGAGGCACGAGCUAAUGCACGAACUGACAGGAGCCCCCGUCCAGCAGGCAAAGUGGACAGCAGUGAGGGAUCCGGCGAGGGCUGCACGGGGGCGAGCAAGCGCAAACGCGCCUCCAGUAAUGGCUCCUCAUCUGUGAAAAAACCCUUCAACUUCAUGGCGAAUUUUCCAUUUCCGCCGUCACUUGUUCUUGGCAGUGAUGGAGAUUUGACUCCAGCUUACUCUUUGAACUCUUUAAAAAACAACGAGUUGCCUCACAAGUCUCACCCUGUGUGGACAUGGCAGAUAGGUAAAGCUGUCGUACCUCCCCCACCUAGCCAGAGAUUCAGGAAAUGUUAAUGAAACAAGCUCCCUCAUCUCGUGGAAAAUGUACCGUGUUUAUUUAUACCAACGUCUUUAAUUGUGCACUGAUGAGCCUUUGCAUAGCCUACUAUCAUUUGUGUUGGCUUUCGAUUAGGAAGCACAAGUUGUCUUGGAACUAUUCGAGGGGAUAACAGACUGAGCGCUUUGAGCUGGACUUCUUAGCGUUUCUGUCUUAGACUGUGUGGCACAGCUUCGGGAGUGAUUUCUAAACACACACAAGAGAAUACCCAGCUAUUCCCCAAGUAAUAGCUGUGUGGCUUAGCAAACUUUUUAAAUUCCAUGUAUGGGCCUAUUGUUCUAGCCUCGGUGCUCGGCCGGUUGGAUUUUAUGUUGUCAUUGUUAAUACGAAGUAGGCCUAGGCUAACUCUUCAAUUAUUUUAUAUUGUGGAUAAAAGCCUCUUGAAACCAAUGGAUUUCGCUUGCAUCAGCUGAGCAUGGACAGACUGUUGGAUUUGAUAAUCAAAAGGACUGACUGUUGGCAAAAAAUGCCCUGUGUUUUUAACAGAAGU